GUAAUUGAAUUACAUAGCCUUGUUUCAAAUUGUGAUCUAAACUGUGGAUUCAGUUAAAUGCACAGCGCAUUUAUGAAUAUAAUAAUCACCUAUUCUGGUGUCUUCUGUCAGGAAUCAAAACAUAAAUACUGAAAAUGUCUGGUCAUGUUGAGGAUUAUGAAGUGUUAAAUGUAAUUGGUACAGGCUCUUUUGGUACUUGUUACAAAGUGCGAAAGAAAUCCAAUGGCCGUUUAUAUGUGUGGAAGGCUAUUGGUUAUGGUGGAAUGAGUGAAGAAAAGAAACAGCUUCUUGUCUCAGAAGUAAAUUUGCUAAGUGGAUUGCAGCAUCCAAACAUUGUACAAUAUUUUGACCGAAUCAUUCACAAGGAAACAGCUACACUUUACAUUGUUAUGGAAUGGUGUAAAGGCAGAGAUCUCGCAACCCUGAUCAACAAGUGCAAAAAAAGCAGCAGCUUCCUGGAUGAAGGAUUUAUAUGGCGUGUGCUAUAUCAAAUGUGCCGUGCUCUUCAGGAAUGUCACUGGAAAGUCCCCAAUGUUACUAUAUUGCACCGAGACAUAAAGCCAGCAAAUGUUUUCUUGGACGAAGCAGGAAAUGUGAAACUGGGGGACUUUGGGCUUGCCCGUAUUUUGGAUAAUGAUGCCAGCUUUGCUCACACAUUGGUUGGAACCCCUUAUUAUAUGAGUCCAGAGGUUAUUAAAGGUGGAAAAUACAACAAAAAGUCUGACAUUUGGUCACUUGGCUGUCUCAUAUAUGAGUUAUGCUCACUGUCACCUCCCUUCACUGGACCAAACAUAAAACAUCUUUCUGUAAGAAUCGAGGAAGGCAAGAACCACCGGCAGAACGUUACUCUUGCAGGAUAAUCCACAGGAGACAAGGCUUGUACACACUGUAGAUGAUAUGGAUACAGGAGCUGUUCUCGUAGCAGUCUCCAGAUCAUCAUGUGCGGGAUAUUCUUCUGCAGGCCUAACUGCCUUGUGCCGACUCCAGGACAUGGAUCCACAGUGUUGAGUACAUCUUCCUCGUCCUCAGGGGUUGUACUUCCUGGCUGUCCUCAUGCCUGAUGGAUGUGCGAAACUCCCGUGUUCACAUAGGCAGCAAUGGAUUCCUUCAAAUGUCUUUCAGUCUGGCCAUCUGCACAUUGGGUAGCAUUCCUGAUACAAGUGAUGCGCCUCCGAAGCAUUAACAUCCACCAAACCAUACAUGUAAUGCAUGCUUGUGAGUUCUUCGUUUGUGUACAUCACGUAUCACUUCACAGCAGACCGCAAACACCACUUAAUAAACACAGAUAACAGACAUCAUACACACCUUUCGGAUAUGGCUACAUCUACUUAACUGGAGAUGACAGGAUAUCAUCUGCGCAUCCUAGAGGUAUUCAGGCCCACAUCAAAUUGAUUUACAACAUGAUUACUUGUGUAACAAUUGUAACCGGUGUCUCGCAUUUUUAUUCUGGCAAACAGAAUGUGUCGGCGUGCACUCCGUAAAUUACACGCUCGGAUAACUGUAAUUAUGCGUUUCUGGACCCAUGUUGUCAUACACAUUUUUUCUUCUCUCUAUACGAGGAGUCCGUUCCUGAAGUUUUGCCGUUGAGUUUUGAUACACCCUGUAUAGCCCUCAUGAUACAUUUUUGGCAUAGGAAUAACUUUACUUUUACUUAUGUACUGAACUAGUGAUUAUCAGUCACCUUACUACAGGCUGUUUGAACACACUGCAGUG